GCCGAGGAUACGUAGUUAUUAUUAUUAUUGUUAUUAUUUUCAUCAACGCUCCCACCCAUUGGAAAUCACAAAGCGUCGACUCCUCGCUCGCCUUUUCGAUAGUGGCUUUGACAGUCGUAUCACACCCAAAGAUUCUCAGAAGCAGCCGGAUUGCAUCAAUUUUGUCUUUGUUUUAACCCAGCAUGGCCUCCACGCUCCCUGCAUCCGCUCAGCAAGCCAACAAAGCCGCUCUCAACGCCGCUCUGGCUGAGAACCCAGACAGCAGCAAGCACAAGUCCACGGGGGAUGACUCUGAACCUGGCGAAAUACAGGAAGUCGACAUGCAGGCCCAAGCUGAGGGUAUCCGAACGGUCUUCAGCGACCCCGCCAAUUUCAACGUCAAACACCCCCUUUACUCGGCUUGGACACUUUGGUUUGAUUCGCCGGCUACAAAAGGCCGGAACCUUCCCCAAACCCCCAGUACCGCCUUCCCUCAGACACCGCUUCCUCAGACACCCAGCGCAGCUUCUGCGCAGGGGUGGAUGGAAGACAUCAAACGAGUUAUUAGUUUCGAUAGCGUAGAAGAGUUCUGGGGCUUGUACAACCACAUCGUACCUCCCUCACAACUUCCUCAGAAAGCCAAUUACUAUCUUUUCAAGGACGGCAUCAUCCCGGCUUGGGAAGACGAGGCAAACAAGCAUGGCGGAAAAUGGAGUAUACAGCUGCCAAAGGAAAAGAACAGGGGCAACGUAGACAAAAUGUGGCUUUAUACGAUGCUCGCUGCGAUUGGGGAGACAUUCGACCCCUAUCUUACGAACGCAGAUCCAUCAGACCCUAACCCACAGUCGCUAAUUACCGGGGUGAUCGUCUCGACCCGACCUCAGUUUUACCGACUUUCGAUUUGGACGCGGCUUGCCCCCUCAUUGGAGGAGGACAAGUUGCGUGAGCGAAUCGAGGUCAUAGGGCGGCAUUUCAAGACGAAUGUCCUUGGAUAUCCGGAGCCACAAAAGUUGGCAGGGCCGCUUGCGACCGAGGUGGAGUUCUUGUCCCACAAGGACUCGGAGAAGAAGGGCAAGACAGCGAAGAAGAUCAUUGUCUAGGGCACAUCGCUUUCCUCUUUUUUUCUGUAUGAGUUGGUUCGCAUUUUCCUUCUGGCUGAUUUAUUUGUUUUAUCCGAGAGGCCAGUUUUCGAAUGCUGCGCUGUAGACUCCCAUAGCAAGACCGGUAUAAUGAAUGAAAUAUGUUGUGUGUAGUCUGUA